GUUGACUUGCGAAAAACUCAGAGGCGUAUCGAUAGUGCGCACGCAAGUAUUGUAGUUGUAAACUUCCUGUCAGUUUUAGAUCACAAGACAUGGCGAGCGACACUUGGUUGGCCGAAUAUGACGCCUGUGCAAGGCUUGGGCAGACCCUAAUGGAGAAUAUUACUGAGAGAAACAAACACAACAGAACUAGUUCACAAUAUACAAAAUUGUCUGCACAGAUUCGAGUGUCCAUGAAACAGUUUACACAGUCCCUGAACAAGUUGAAACAAUCUCUGAUCAGGGCAUCAUCCUCAUAUCAUAUAACACAGAGAGAAGUAGAGCGGCGACAAAUGAUGAUGGAUAAUUUAAUAACGAAGGAGAAACAGUUGGACCAGGCAUUUAAAAAUGAAAACUCAGAGUCAAGGUCCUCAUUGAUGGGGGCAGGGGCCAGUGGUUUUGGGGGUAGGGAUCCUUGGGGAGUGAGGGAUGAGCCUGAGGAGUUUGAAGGCUUUGACAACCAGGCCAUAGCCCAGCAACAGAAAACUAUCAUACAAGAACAAGACAAAGGAUUAGAUUCUCUCUCUAAAGUUAUUUCAAGGCAGAAACAGAUGGCAAUAGAUAUAGGAAAUGAAGUGGAUGGUCAAAAUGACUUGAUUGAUGACAUUGGGGACCACAUGGACCAGACCAAAGAACGACUCGUCAAAGAGACCAGGCACAUCAGGAUAGUGGACAGGAAAUCAGCCACCUGUGGAUACUGGGUAGCCAUUAUUCUGAUAUUCGUGGCAAUCAUCGUGAUACUAAUAGUGCCUUUCAAUGGAAAAGGAGUGUAGCAGAGAAUUACGAACUCAAAGUAAAAGUGAAAAUACAUUGUUAACCAGCCAUCUUCUGAGAACGGGGCAAUGUGGUGCAUUCAGAAACUGAUGGAUUGAAAAUGUUGAAAGUGCUUAAAAUUUGUGGAGUUAAAAUGUGAUAUGAGUGUAUAUUGUGUGCAAUUACAUAAUUUUAACAUUUAAGUAGAACUUUAUGUAAUUUUAACGUUUAAGUAGAACUGGAGUUAAAUUUAAACAGUUAGGUACAUAUUGUGCCCUAGAGAAAAUGUAGCUGAUAUGACACAGUGAGAAUAUCAGUAGAGGAUGCUGUGAAGAAAAUUGGAAAUGAGAACGAUUUUGAGAAAAGUUUUUUCAAUUGUCAUUUAGAUAACUACUUUGCUAUAUACUAGCAAUUAGUACAAAUAGAUUACUGUUUGUUAUGUUUCAUCCAAAUUGCAUCAGGUUUCUUUCUUCAAACACUGCAUCAUGAAGAGUAUUUAUGUAGACCAUUUUGUAUAUAAACUGAGUACAUUUAUAUAAUGUUUAAACCUCUAAUUAGUUUU